UGGCCGAGUUCGGUUGUGCCUGGAAAUAAUUCAGUAGAAUAAAGUUGGGAGCCCGAAACUAGAGAAAGGAUAACAAAAUAUUAUCGGAGUGAAUGUAAAAAGAGAAUAAGAGUGAGUGAGUUUGCGCACAUCCCACAAUUGUUUGAAAAUAUGUAACAAGUGAGAGCAGCAGUGAAUGACAAAAGUGCAAUGAGGAAGUGAAAAUGCACGAGUGUUUGCAUAUACAUACAUAUUUUAUGUAUUAUACUACUACUAUCGAUGAAUCCUACUACAGCGAUAUAUACGCUUGUAUUAAUACAAUGAGCGGUGUAGUGAUAGCGACAACUUCUAAGUAUUUAUGAAAUCAGAAAGCAAAAAAGCGCAUGUAGCACUCACUCAUAUAUGCAUAGUUCAUAAAAAGGACGGAGGUUCGCCUGAAAAUUAUUGCUAGUGGUAAAGAGUUGAAAAAAAUAAGUAAAAAAAAAACAAAAAUACAUUAAAGGCCGACGCUCCAGCAUCAACGCGAAAGGUAACGAGUGAGAAUAAUAGACAAAAAUUGAGGUGUUCAUAUUCGUAUUGUCUAGUGUGUUAUAUACAAAUAUCGGAGUAGAAUGUGAUCCAGAGUAUUGAAAACAGAACAUUUAGUAUUAAACUGUAUUGAAAAAAAAAAAAAAAUCAGUAUUAUUAUCAUAAUAAAUUGGAAGUGUAUGCAAAAUAGGUCCAGUGCUUAUUGUAUAUUUAAUGUGGUGGAUUAUAUGAUCAAAUUUACAUUAAAGUACCUCACACAGUGAGCAUAAAUGUGUACGCAAAUGAGCGGAUGCCGACCAUGUAAAGAAGGUUUCCUGUGAAAAUUGAUUGUGGAGUCAUUAAGAAAAAUACACCAAGACGUAUUUACACAUAAUUGAACAGAUUUGUGUUGAAACAAAGAUGUCGAUAGAAAUAAAUCUUAUUUCGGGAUAUUAAAAAGUCCUUACGACAAGUACAACUUUGGAUUAAAGCCAAAAUUAAUAAAAUGAAAUAAAGUUUUAAUGUAAUUAUGCACUUAAAUAUACAUACACCCAGAGGUCGUGUGACAGCUGAAAUUUUGAGUUUCGAAAAUUUAAGGUUUAAUAAUUUUCGCUAAAGGAGAAUCCAAAUCCAAAUCCGAGCUGCAAAUUUGACACCGCCUUUUACACGUGAAGAAUUGCGCAUCAAUAAAAGUAUAAAAAAUCAGUGAACUCAAACAAAGACUUGGUAUUUCUUAAUAAUAAACAAUUUAUAUAAGAUACAAGUAAUUUUACUCAACAAAUAAAAAAACAGAAUUAAUUCACUCACCAAAAGAAAUAUCACAAAUGAUGUAUAAAAGAUGUAAUGGAAAGCCUACUUCAUUGUAAAAAAUGGGGUUGCAUUGCCUUUUUAAGACCAUUUUGAUGGUGUACGUUAUUAAAGCUGAUCUUGGUACAAUUGCAAAUGGGCUGGACCUUCAAGGACCGAUAUUUCUUCACGAGCCACAACAUCGCAUCGAAUUCUCAAACAAUACUGGCGGCUUAAUAGAGUGUUCUGGCCAUGGCAGUCCACCGCCAGAGGUGGAAUGGACUCCAAUACCUCCACAGCAAGACAUGGUGUUUACACUCUCGAAUGGGAGCCUUAUGUUUUAUCCCUUCUCGGCGGAGAAGUACAGACAUGAAGUGCAUGCCACAGUCUACAGAUGCAAAUUACGCAAUCUGGUCGGCACAAUACUUAGCAGGGAGGUGCACGUACGAGGAGUGGUCAACCAAAAAUACACAGUACAAGUUCACGAUGAAUACGUGAUGAGUGGCAACACGGCAGUAUUGAAAUGUCAGGUGCCCAGCUACAUGUCAGAGUUUGUUAUGGUAACAGCUUGGGUGCAAGACACUGGCAUGCAUCUGUAUCCCAAUACGGACAUAGGAGGAAAGUAUACAGUACUAUCUAAUGGGGAACUCUAUAUUAACAAUGCGGGGUCCAAUGAUGCGUUUAAGAGUUAUACUUGUCGAACCGUAAAUCGAUUAACAGGUGAAAUACAAAUAUCUACAUAUCCUGGACGCAUCAUUGUCACAGAGCCAAAAGGCAUGGUGCAACCACGUAUAAACGUCGAAAAGCAUUCGCUUAGGCAUGUCGUGCUUAAUGGACAGACGACAUUACCGUGUAUCGCUCAGGGGCACCCGGUGCCGACAUACCGCUGGUUCAAGGAAGAAAACGAACAGCUAUUACCGCUGCAACUAAGCGAGCGCAUUACAAUCGUCUCGGCGGGAUUACUCAAAAUAGCAAAGGCUCGCCUCGAGGACAGUGGCAAAUAUCUUUGUUGGGUAAACAACACCGCCGGUGAGGAAACCAUACAGGUGUCAUUAACAGUAACUGCCCCCUUAACGGCCCAUUUACAGCCUCAGGUACAAACAGUGGAUGUUGAUAAGGACGCGCAAUUUCAGUGUAUUGUGUCCGGACAUCCAGUACAUGAUGUUAAUUGGUUACAUGAUGGAAAACCAAUAUUGCGCGACAAUCGGGUUGAGAUACUAGCCGACCCACCCAGAUUGAUAAUUAAGAAAGUGCAAAAAGACGAUCCCGGCAUGUACCAGUGCUUUGUUUCGAAUGAAUGGGAGCAAAUUCAGUCAACAGCUGAGCUACAACUUGGAGAUGCUUCUCCGGAAUUGCUUUAUUGGUUUUCGGAGCAAACAUUGCAGCCAGGACCGACUGUGUCGUUGAAAUGCGUAGCAACCGGAAAUCCUCUGCCGCAAUUCGCAUGGUCACUGGAUGGUUUUCCGAUUCCAGAUAACUCUCGGUUUUUGGUCGGCCAAUAUGUAACCAUUCACGAUGACGUCAUAAGUCAUGUGAACAUAUCAAAUGUGAAGGAAGAAGAUGGUGGUGAAUAUGCCUGCACAGCGCAAAAUGCCAUCGGAAAGGUGUCCCAUAGUGCCAAAGUGAAUAUCUACGGACUUCCAUAUAUACGAGAAAUGCCAAAAAUAACUGGUAUAUCUGGCUCAGAUUUGAUUGUGAAAUGCCCUGUAGCUGGCUAUCCUAUCGAUAAAAUUCAUUGGGAGCGUGAUGGUCAAACUCUGCCCAUUAAUCGCAGACAGCGCGCAUACAACAAUGGUACCCUCAUAGUUGAGCAACUGCAGCGACUGGAAGACGCAGGCACUUAUACUUGCAUGGCACAAAAUAAACAAAAGCAAACCUCGCGUCGCAAUGUGGAGAUUCAAGUUCUGGUCCCUCCUAAAAUUAUGCCAAUCCAAGCCAUGACCAAUAUGUUGCGCGAAGGCAUGCGAGCUGCUAUAUCGUGCCAAAUCCUUGAGGGCGAUUUGCCAGUCAGUUUUCGGUGGGAGCGUAAUGGCAAACCGUUAAUAGGAACAGGCAACGAAGUCUUUCGCCGAUUAGAUGAAUAUUCUGCCAGCUUGGUGAUUGAACACAUUACCUCUGAACAUUCAGGUAACUAUACAUGUAUUGCGAGUAAUGUCGCCGGUAUGGAGCGCUUCACGGUACCACUGACUGUGAAUGUUCCUCCAAAAUGGGUGCUGGAGCCAAAGGAUUCAAGCGCUCAAGCUGGACAAGAUGUUUUACUGCAUUGCCAGUCCUCUGGUUAUCCAAAGCCAACGAUUACGUGGAAAAAAGCUAUUGGACCUACUCCAGGAGAAUAUAAGGACUUUUUGUAUGAGCCGACUGUACAGUUAUUUCCGAAUGGGACUAUAUACUUCAAGAAGAUUAGCAAGGAGUCGCAGGGACACUUUCUUUGCGAGUCCAAAAACAAUAUCGGUUCUGGCGUAAGCAAAGUUAUCUUCCUUAAAGUAAAUGUACCUGCCCACUUUCAAACAAAAACAAAGCAAAUUUCAGUUGCGAAAGGAAAGCAAGUGCACGUUCAAUGUAACGUUCAGGGCGACAAUCCCAUCGAUAUCAAAUGGAAAAUACAAGCGACGCAACAGUAUUUGGAUGAAUCUCUCGAUUCUAGGUACACAAUUCGUGACCAGGUACUAGACGAUGGUAUGGUCUCCGAAUUAGGCAUUUCUCAUACAUAUCGCCAGGAUACAGGCAUCUAUAUUUGCCAGGCCAGCAAUGCUUUCGGACAGGAUGAAAUGUCGAUUCAAUUAAUCGUACAAGAGGUUCCAGAACAACCGAAAAACCUUCGUAUUAACUCACAACAGUCGCGUAGCCUUCAACUAACUUGGAGUCAGCCCUUUGCUGGUAACAGCCCAAUCGAUGGAUAUCAUAUAUAUUAUAAACAAAUCUCAGAUAUUUGGCAAAACGCCGAACAUAUCACCGUCACCGGUGGCCAAACCGUUGUCAACAUACAAAACCUACGUCCUGCUAAGGCCUAUCACAUUCGAAUGUCCGCAGAAAAUAAAUUGGGUGCCUCAGAGUAUUCGGAGGUUGUACAAGUAACCACACUGGAGGAAGUGCCAUCCGGGCCACCGCUAAAUGUGCGCGCAGAAGCCAAAAGUUCUACAGAGAUAUCUGUCACAUGGGAUGCACCUGAACGUGACCACUGGAAUGGAAUACUGCUCGGUUAUUAUGUUGGAUACCAAAUGUCGUUAUCACCUGAAGAUAAAGAAGUGAAUCCCACUCAGGGGUUUAGUUUCAAAACUGUCGAAGUGCGGUCACAUUUUGGUGGAGAAACUAUAUUGAGUAAUUUGAACAAAUUUACUCCAUACCACGUUAUUGUACAAGCGUACACUAGUCAAGGAAGCGGACCACCGAGCAGGGAGAUAGCAGUACAAACCAUGGAAGAUGUGCCUUCUUCACCUCCAGAGAGUCCUCAAUGCGACGUAUUGGGAUCCACAUCAAUUUAUAUAACAUGGUCACCUCCUGAUGUAGACGGGCAGAACGGCAAAAUUAAGGGCUACAAAGUAUUUUACAUAUCUGUUAAUGAAUUAUACGAAACGGAUCCCGAAGUUAUGAAGUCAACAAAUCAAUAUGUUACGAUUGAAAAUCUGCGUAAAUACACUAACUACACGGUUUGGGUGCUUGCGUAUACCAAAGUGGGCGAUGGCAUGAAAACGAAACCAUUUUAUUGCCGUACACAUGAGGAUGUGCCUUCUGCGCCACAGGCUAUUAAAGCAAUACCUGCUUCCAGCACGAAAAUACUUAUAUCUUGGCUGCCACCAGAAUUUCCUAAUGGAGACAUUACCGGCUACACUUUCUACAUGUCCAUGCUUGAAGGUGGCCGAGAAGAAGGCACCCACAAACGUAUACUUGGACCGUUUGUCGAAAUGCAUGAGACUCAGCGGACCCAAGAAUCAGCUACAUAUCAAUUUUGGCUUACUGCCUCGACAAAGGUUGGCGAGGGUGAAAAAACUCAAGUUGUUACAGUGCCCCCAAACAACAAAGUCCCCGCUCGCAUCGUUUCAUUCAGUCAGCGUAUAAUAAGCCCUUGGAAAGAGCAUCUUGAAUUACCAUGUCGCAAAGUAGGUUCCCCAGCACCUGUGACCAUUUGGAGGCAAGAUGGGCACAAUAUGGAUACAAAUGCCCGAAAGGUUAUUGCAAAGAAUGGUACACUCUAUAUGCGAGAGUGUCAGGCCAGUGAUGCUGGCAAUUACACUUGCAGCGUUGAAAACACUUGGGGCAAGGACGAGAUUGUAUAUAAUAUUGUUAUAAAAGUGCCACCAGAAGCACCAAACCUUACUGUGGUGAAUAGUUAUACAGACAGUUUACACCUGGAGUGGAUGGAUAAUAAUCACGGUGGAAGUCCCAUUCUCGGUUAUGUGAUAAAUUAUAAACGUGAGAAUGGCGAUUGGGAAGAACUGCAGGUAGAUGCCAAAACAAAUUCACACUUGUUAACUAAUUUAUGGUGUGGAACCCGGUAUCAGCUGUACAUAACGGCCUACAAUAAGAUAGGUACAGGUUUGCCAUGUGACAUUGUGAAUUCGUAUACGAAGGGUAAUCCACCUGUUCAGCCGAAGCAUUCCCAAAUGAUAACGAACAAUUCCACUAGUGUGACAUGUUGGCUAGACUCAUGGGGUGAUGGUGGAUGUGGCAUUUUAUACUUCAUGAUUGAGUCGCGGAUGUUUGGGAGAUCACAAUGGAAUGUGGUUUCCAAUCACAUUCCUCCGACAGAGCGCAUCUAUACGGUUAGUGAUCUAGUUCCUGGUACGAAAUAUCAAUUAAAAGUUACGGCUCAUAACAAUGCUGGCUCUACAACGGCAGUAUAUAAUUUUACCACACUCUCACCUAAAGGGGUUAUAUACCCAACAGAUCACGGGAACCCCGUGUCCCAUAUAAGCGAUGGUCCUUUCUAUGCGAAUUUUAAAGUGCUCCUUCCUGUGUGUCUUUCGAUGUUUAUGCUAUUGGGUAUAAUAGCAGCGGUGUUACUCAUUCGCAAAAGAAAAAUCGACAAUCAAGCACGAUUAGCCUCUUCUUCAAUGUCCGAAUCUCCAUCUUUGACCAAUUUGCAAAACAAGCAAAAUCGCGAUCAGCAAUACUUGGCCGUGCGUUGCAACCCCGGUGGUGGACCACCUCGUGGUUCCCAUUCCAAUGACUCGGGCAGCUUUGGGAAGGCCGAAGGGAAUGAAUACAUAGAGGACAUUUGCCCUUAUGCUACAUUUCAACUGAAUAAACAAACAUAUAGUGAAAGCUCCUAUAGCGGUAAUGUAUACAGUGGACCAUAUCACUCAGUACGUGGCUCAUUCGUGUAUCAUGACGUGAAGCCCGAGAGCUAUCAUUCCAAGGAACCAGAGUAUACGAAAGUGCGCCGAAAAGUGGGGCGUUUACGUGAUCCUCAUUCGGAAAGUCAAGAAUCGGACAAUCCAGGUUCAACAGAUUCCGAAGUUAGGAAAAUCCUAACUCUUCACAUACCAAUUACAGAAUAUGACACACUAGGCUCCGAGUCUGACAACGACGUGUCUGCCCGCGCCAUGAACUCAGCGAAAUACCGAACACAACGUGAUACCCAAGAUGAAACAUCUUCAUCAUCGGAAACUACGCCAACAAGUUUGACGAGAAAAUCUAAACCACCAUUUGUGGCACGCAAAAGUGGAAAAUCAGGUACAAGUGGCAAACGUCAUGUACGCAGUUCUAGCGGCUACUCGAGUCACAACGAAGAAACCACGUUUAGCAUUUCCAACUAUCCACCAAAUUAUCAGGAUCAUAUAAAUCCCCCGGCCCGUUUUUCUGACUCCAACGACAAAUCGAAAACUCAAACUUCACCGCGGGUACGGGGCAAUCAGAAAUUGCAAAGGGAGGCAUUUCAAAUCAACGUGUAACAGAAAAACAGAAACGAACUGAAACACUUUCUAAUAAUGAGUAACUAAUGUAAAAUCGUAAUGUGAAAAAUAGCAAAUCAAGUUGAAAGAAGUGUUUAGAUGUGAUGUUUAUUUAAAAAGCUCAAAAGUUUUUAGAUAAUUUUACUUAUAUAACAAACCUGAAUUUUGCACAUAUAUAAAUCAGCUGAUCAUAAUUACCACAUCGGCAUACUUAGGUAAAAAUGGCAUUAGAAAAAGUAAUGGUAUUUUUGACGACGAUAUUCUAUGAUUUUUCUUAUUAACGACUUUAUGAAACUAUAUAAGUAUUCUCAGUUCUUGGAAAAUCAAUGAUAAUUUAAAACUUAUACAGUUCCAUUGUUUUCAAUAUACUCUAUAUACAACUUAGUAAUUUCUAACAAAGAUUGGAAAUAAAAUCAAUUUGUUUUAAUUCCCAUUGCUUAUUUACACUAUAUGCAACAAAAACAGUUUACUGACGGAAGGGGAAAAAACUUUGUUUAUUCCAAAAAUACAUUUAAAAAAAUAAACUGUGAUAUAUUAUAAUUCUUAAAAUUGUAAAUGUAAUAAUAUUCCACAAAAUAUUUUUACUUAUGAAAAGCCGAACGCUUUUGUAUGAACUUAAUCAGUCUUCUGCAUGCUCCUUGCCAGCAUUGUUGGUAAACUUUAAAAUGUUUCCGUGGAACAAAUUGAAGUAGCCGCUCCCAUUCGCAGCAAGUUUUUUAACACGGAAGAUACAUACCUUAUUUGUAGGAUGAAACAACUUCAAAUAUUUUUUUUUAAUUAUCAUGUAACCUCUUUAUGAAACAAAACAAUCCAUUUUAAUUACAAUAUAAAAAAAAUUAAAAUUUGCGAAUAGUUAAAAAUUGAUCCAUAAAUACAUACAACAUAUAAAGGUUUGUAUUGAAAGAUUAUAUCAUUCUUUUGUGCGGCCGGAUGCCAACAACAACGCGAAUUCGAAAAUUUUAUUUUGCCCCCUACUGCGUAUUUUAGGACGUCUGUGGAUAGGUGGAUGCUGAAAAUUAUACUAAGAGUAGGUUAGCGGUUCUGCAUAGUGAUUGGAACAGAUGAUUUUCUAACUGGUUAUCAGCUGCAUAUAAUAUUGUUAAAUGUAACCAGGUGCACAUGAUCAACUUUUUCGCUUUAUAAAUUCUUUGAGAAAUAACAUAAUUUUGCUUUAUUACCGUUUGCUUUCUGGCUAAAUUUUUUUAUGUAAAUUCAAUAGUUUUCACUUAUAUAAAAAAACACAAAAAUUAUACACAAAGCAUCUAUUUUAGUGGCGACGCAAA